UUUGAUGCAGACUUUUUCUGAACUUUCAUUCCUAAAAAUUAAUUCAUGAAUAAUUUGAUAAUGAAUAGAAACAUUCUUUUAUUAAUUUUAGUCAUACUUUUCUUGGCAUCGACUAUUACAGCCGAUGUAUACCGCAAACUUCAUAAACGUCAUAAACUUACUAAAAUUAUUCCUACUCCCCGCCCUAGUUACUAUCAAAUUAAUAAUGAAAAGAAGCAUCAAAAAAGAUAUGGUCAUAAACGUUACGAAAAUGUUGUUCCUUGUACACCUACAACUGCAAUGUGUUUUACGUUAACGCCAACACCUCUUGUCUGCACACCUUCAGGUGGUAGUUGUGAAAUGGCAAAUCCAGAAGCGUGCUGUUCUAAGGGGUGUGCACGACAAACUGAUGGCACUUUUGCCUGCUGUGAAAGAACUGGAGAUGUUUUUAACUGUAAUAUAAAAUAAAUAUCUUAUCAUACCUAUCAUAUCUUCAUGGCUUCAUUCCAGUUGGCCUUGCCUUUUGGACUAAUGAACUAAUGAAUAAUUGAACAAUAUAGACAACUAUUGAAUUAUUAGAUUAUUAGAUUAUUGGAUUAUUGGACUUCGUUUCAAAUAUAAUUAUUUUAAAUUUUUUAAAAGUAUUAAAAAAACUUUAAUUAUUA